UUUGAAAAAAUCUCUAAGGGCAUGAUGGAGAGAGGCCACAAUAGGGACUCAGAUCAGUGCCGCGUGAAAGUCAAGGAGCUCAGACAAGCCUAUCAAAAAACAAAGGAGGUAAACGGUCGCUCCGGGUCAGAGCCGCGGACAUGCCGCUUCUACGCCGAGCUGCAUGCAAUUCUAGGGGGGGCUGCCACCACUACCCCACCUGGCAGCCCCGUGGAUUCCGGGUCAGGGAUAGUCUCAUCAGCUACACCUGAGGAUUCUGCGGACGGGGAAGAGGAGAAGGAGGAGGAGGACGAGCUUGCAGAGAGCACCCAGCACUCCGUUCUCCCCAACAGCCAGGAUCUUUUUCUCAGCCUGACUGAAGUACCCUCCCAACCCUCCCAAGUCAGUAUCCAAGACCAUGACCCCAUGGAAGGGACCUCAGCAGCUGCAAAUUUAUCAAGCCUCCCUCCUCCGUCACGAAGGCUAUCUCAGAUAAGGCGGCGUAGAAAGAGGACAAGAGACGACAUGUUCACUGAAAUAAUGGAAUGCACCCGAAAUCAAAGAGCUCAUUUGAAUGAGUGGAAGGACACUGUAACUAAAUUUAGGAAAGAUGCCAGUGAACGCGAGGUCCUGAGGGACGCUCGAGAUGAGAGGUGGCAGGCUGCAACGCUGGGGCUGCUGCGUGAGCAAACGGACAUGCUCCGGCGUCUGGUGGAGCUUCAGGAACGGCAGCAGGAUGACAGAGUGCCACUACAGCCCCUGUAUAACCUCCCUCCCCCCUCACCAUGUUUCAUAUCCUCCUCACCCAGACGUGUAAGAACGCGGGGGGGUAGGCUACGUGCACCUUCCCACUCCACCCCAGUGGACAGCCCAACCAAAAGGCUGUCAUUACAUUGAAUUUGUUCAGUGGCCUUUUACUUCCCUCCUAUCCUCCUCCCAAACCUCACCCAGAUUACCUUGUUG